UAGUAGUGGUGGUGGGACAUUGAAGAUUAAUAAGAGAGGAAGAGAGGCCUAACAUGAAUAGAAGAGUGUUGUUUGAUAGCCAAGGAUGACUUGCCUGAUCCUUCAUGAGGUUUCAGGUAUAAUAUAUAUGUAUAUAUAUAUAUAUUUUUAAUUGGUUAUGAUGAAUAGCAGAAAUUCAUGUUGUGGUACACAAGCAGUCACCUUGGCUAGGCUGACAACCUCUUCUUUCUCAUGUUAGGCCUUUUCUCUUCUUCUUCCUCAGAAAUUAAAUUCAAUCUACAUUGCUUUAAAUUUUCUGCAUAUAUUAGUGGAAGACGACCAUCUGAUCACCGUUUGAUCAUCAUGAUCAUGUAUGACUACAACAAAAUUUUUGUAUCAUAUUGGAGAAGUGGGGAAUUGAGGUUCUUGCAUGAAGGAAAGAGUCCUGUUUAUGUAGCUGGCCAAGGAUGACUUGCCUGCUCUUUCCAGGAGAUGAUAUGGUUUCCAAUUUAUAUGAUUUUGGCCAGGCAAGUCACCUUGGCUAAGCUGAUGGGCUCUUUCUUUCAUGCCAGGCCUUCUUCCUUGGAAAAAAUUACCUACACAUAUCAACUCUGGGGUCAGAAGGAGAUUUUCGUUAUGAAAAAUUGUCUAAAAUUGGUACACGUGCUAGUUUCUGAUUUUGCUUAAAAAUUAAUCGACUUUGCCCUUACUGGAGGUGGCUUGGAAACACGUAGGGUUUGGGCCUGAUCGAAGUACCCAAAACCCACUAACCCAAUGACUUCAUUUACGGGCCAGACUCUUUUUGGGUCAAUAAGUGGGUGGACUAAACAAGUCCGUUUAAGGUCGACGGGUGCCAACUUGACCCGAAUAGUCCCGAACAAAAGCAACGGUUUUGGUCGUCUUUCAGAAAUCCAACUAAUUUUGGCGGGAGAUGUUCCAAGUGUCAAAGCAGAGCAAAAUUUCCCAGUUGACCAAACAUGUUUGAAAUUCUUCAAUCGGAUUGGUACUCUCCCACUCGCCUCCAAAGCAGUCCCACUGCCAAGUUCGAUUUUCCUGGAGAUCGGUUUAUACCAAAUAGGAGUUUGAUGGAUCUUGAUCAUGCCCACAGUUUAUUGACAAACAGAACAAAACCACUCCACAAUUCGAAUUUCAAUGAAUCGUACAGACAAAAAUUGGAGGACAAACUGACUUUGAAUUCCGAGGGGAAACCAUUUAGGAUGUUGGUAUUCAGAGGCAGUCCUAAAUCAAAUAGAAGGCCAACCCGUUGCGUCGAUGAGAUGCGUCGUCAAGAUGAUGAAGCUGAGGAAUUGGAAAACAAUAUGAAGCAGUAUCGAAGUUUCCCACAGAGAGCAGCUAGGAUUCUGGAUGCACCAAAUCUUGUAAAUGAUUUCUACAUGAACAUUUUGGAUUGGGGGAAGAACAACAUUCUUGCUGUGGCUCUAGGCCAAGCAUUGUAUCUUUGGAACCCAGAUAGUGGAAAUGUACACAAGCUCUUCGAAGUUGAUGGGAAUGAUUGCCCUACAAGUAUAGCCUGGUCUAGGGAUGAAAAAACUUUGGCAGUUGGAUUUUUUAGUUCCAAACUUCAACUUUGGGAUGCUGAGAGUUCCAAACUAGUUAGAGCAAUAGAAGAUCACACUGGAAGGAUAGCAACUAUUGCAUGGAAAUCUCACGUUCUUCUAACAUCAGGAAGCCGAGACAAGUCUAUCCUUAACCAUGAUGCCAGGGCAAGAAGCAAUUUAAUUUCCUCUUUGAUGGCACACACCGAUGAAGUUUGCAGGCUGAAAUGGUCCGACAAUAAAUUGGCGAGUGGUGGCAAUGAAAAUCUAAUAUACAUUUGGGAUUCUUUCAAAAUGAGUUCAUCAUCAAAGUUCUUAUAUCGUUUCAAUGAACACGGCGGAGCAGUUAAGGCACUUGCAUGGUGCCCAUACCAGUACGGUGUGCUUGCCUCAGGAGGAGGCACCACAGAUGGGUGUAUUAAGUUAUGGAAUACACAAAAGGGAAGCUGCAUUAAUAGCAUGCCCACCAAAUCUCAGAUAUGUGGACUUGAAUGGAAUACGCAUCACAAGGAGAUAGUGAGUGCACAUGGCUUUAGCACGAGUAGUACCAGAUCAAAUCGGCUGUGUUUGUGGAGGUAUCCAUCGAUGGCCAAAUUGGGAGAAUCCACUCGCCAUGAUGACAGAGUCCUCCACCUUUCCCAGAGCCCUGAUGGGUUAACUGUGGUAUCAGCCGGGGCGGAUCAGACUCUUCGCUUCUGGGAGGUUUUUGGACCACCUGCUGCUGACAAUUCAAAACUUUCAAAUUUGGACAGCAUUUUGUCUCUCAAGACUUCUCCUAUAAGAUGAUGAGAUAUAAAACAUGUAGUUUCAUUCCUGCAAGAGGCACCUUUCUUUUUCACUUUUCAUUGUCUUAAGCGUCGCCUAAACUGAGCUGACCUCUGUAUUACAUUCAAAUUAGGAACUAAAACAAACAACCAAAACUGUUUUUUAGUUUACUUAAAACUGCAAAAUAAGCUUCAUUCUGAUUCCGAGUCA